AUCUUAAGACAAAAAUCAAUGGUUUUAGUUCAGCGUAAGGUAUGCUUUUUGGACUAGAGUCAUUUUUGUUAAUACAAUUUAUGUUUAAUGAAGCGACGCUGUUGAAAAACUGACAGCAUUUAUAAGGGCAUUAUGCUUAAAGGUGGCAGAAAAUGAUUGUAAAAUGGUACUUAAACAUGAAGUGAAAACGAGGGAGUGAGGACAGGAGUAACUAGUGAGGUCAGGAAUAACUUAUUAAGUUCAAACGGUGUAUGCACUGGCAUUUGUUAGUGAACAGAAUUUUAUUUAAAAGACACAGCAACUGAGAUGUCGGAAAAGAUAGGCAAGAACUAAACAAAACAACGGAAGGAAAGGUUUGAAGACAAUGCCUUUUGACACAAAUGUCUCAGAAAAAGGUUGUCUUAAGAGUGGGGAAAGUUAAUUAAGAGACCAGACAUCGGAUACCGGUAUAUAUAUGGGGUUUUGGAGAGACUUUUAAACAUGCUGUAUUCUUAAACAGAGAGAAAUAAAUAGUGAACAGACUUUAUUGCUCUAUACAUGGAUUACGGAUACUUCCUUUAAAGAGUUAAGAUUCACCUGAACGUGGCUUUAGUGUUUAAGAUAUGGCGGCGACUUAUGGUUAAGAUAUUGACGGAUUUAAAGAUAACCACCAAAGAAACAUAUGCCAAACAUAAACAUGUCACCGCUGAGGAAAUGACGCCAUUCUGGUACAGCAAGACAGUUUUACUUUCAACCAAGGAGUGAUCCGAUUCCGAGACGAAGAUGUCGAUGCAGUUCGGUUUUUGUAUCAUCAUCCUGUUGACUUUGUGUGGUUGCUAUGGAGAGGACUCAGUUUCACACCUGAUGUUGCUGGACGAGUUACCGCCAUCUUUGUUAGGUCAUCCGUCACCUCACAUAGAAAUCCGCACAAACUUCAGUGGAGAAAUCGAGUUACGUGAAGCCGACCAGUUUAAGGUGCUUCUAAACAUUACAGCUCCAACAAUAGAGGAGGCCUACGCUGUGUCAUCUCAACUGACGAAGAAUAAGGGGAACCUCCUUGUUCAAGUUUUUCAAAAGCCAAAGGCAGUCACCACAUACAGUCUGAAAUGGAUCUUUCUGGCUGUUGGCAGUGCGGGUGGGGUAGUAUUGGCCCUCACUAUUAUAUACGUGGUCUGGUGGUACUCCAGCGGCAAAUUCCAUGAACUGUAUGGGGAGAGGGCUUUCCUGGCCGCAAGGCAUGAGUAUAGGUCACACAACAGUGUACACUUGGGGGCGACAGCUGAGUUGUUGGGGGACCAUGAUGAUGAUGCUGACGGAGACAAUGAUUAUGACAGGCGGAGAAUGGAGAAGAUGCGAGUCUCGAUGAAGCCCGAGACGAUAAUGGAGGAAUCUGAGGAGUCUGCUGAUGAUGACAGAACACAUCCAAAAUACAGACUCCAGCCAGAUGUUAAGAAGAUACAGAAGCAGCUGUCACUCAGAGAAAGAGCACAUCAGUUAUCCAAUGAAAAUGUACAUGGGAGUGGCUACCUAGACUACCCUGACCAAUCAGCUGAUGAGUUAGAUAAUGACAUGUCACCUGACCAGAUUAUAGCUGGGGCUGAUGGGAAUUACACGCCCCUUGAUGAAUUGGAUGAUUUCUUGCAUCAUGAUCAACGCCACAUUCAAAAUUCUCAGAGCAUAGCAAAACUGGAUCCAAAAGGAAAUUUAGACUAUAAUAUACAUGCUAGCAAAUCUGAUGGUGAUUUGUUAGGAGAUCAUAAGAAAGUUUCAGAAAGAGAAAAACUAAUUAUACCUCCUCAGAACCAACAAAACUUUCCACUCGUUUUGCCUCCAAAGACAAAAAGAUCUCCUAGCAGAAAUAUAUCAGUGCCAAGAAGGGCGGAGCCUAAUAUCUACCAAAGAGGGUUGAAUUUGAGAUCAGGAGAAAAUGACUUGAGUUCAUCCCCUGCAAGGUCAGACAAAGUUCAGGCUCAAGUUCACACUCCUGAGAAUCAAUACUCAAACAAUAGCUUUGGACAAUAUAUGGAACUCAAAACCCCAGAGUCUGUAUCCAAGUCUAGAAUUAGUCGAGAAUCAAAUGAUGCAUAUGAGAUGUAUACGUACUCUGCAGACAUUCCCAUGUCGUCAUUCAAAGCUGGUAAUACAAUUCCCGAAUCUCACUAUCAGGUCCCAAGAAAGAAACCAAAACCAGUCAUUAAUACCAGCGGCUCACCUACAGCGUUUGACUUUAACACGCUCGAGCCACACUUCAACCUUCCACCAAUGAAUCCAAACGAGCCUUAUUCUCCUGGAAAGUUCAGCAUGCUUAACGAAGGUGAAGACACCUCGGAGGAUGGCAGUGAAUUUGAUGAUGAUUUUGACCACAGCAUUAAUCGACUAGAAGAUUCGGAUAUUGACGACCUACCCCCGUCUCCAGUAAAAGGAGAUGCGGAUGUAAUGUCCAAUAGUAGUCUGCCACUCCCAAGCCCGCCUGAUAUUGGAAACCAGUACAUGCCAUACGCCAAUAUGGAGACAGUCAAUAUCUCCCAGCGUUCACCUCGGCAGAGCCUCGUUACACAACUAGAUAGCAAGGAAUAUGGCACAAUGAUAGCCCUGACAGGAAGUCCCUCCCCAGGGGGUCCAUUCUCAAAGCACAGCGUCAACAGAUUUGUUUUCCCCCCAAACCCUACAGCAUUUGCCGAAGGAUUGCAAACUCGAAGAGAGCUGAACUUUCCAAGUGAGGAAAUGCAAAAAGGUGAAUAUGUCGACCUUCCCCUGAAUGUGUUAUCUCCCCCACCCAUGGGAAAUGCCCACGGGAAUAGCCGACAAGCUACAGAUCGAAAACCUAGUUUUGGAAAGCGGGAUCGCCAUAAAAGUACGGGAGAUAAAGACAGGGAGCGGGAAAUAGCGCGGGAAAGAAGAUUGAGUGGAUCAGAGAGGGAACGGAAACAAAGUGGAUCAGAUCGGGAGAGAAAGUCAAGUUUCGGGAGAAAAAGUGGAAAACCACCGAAACACCUUCAUCUCACCGUGCUGACGACCAUGUGUGUUCUGAGUGUAAUGUCAGGGGUGUACUGCCUCGGCAACUCAGGGGAGACCACUGUCAACAUCGUCAUCUAUGCUCCCAAGAGCUACUCCUCUCAUAAUUCCACUGUCAUUAGCCAUCUUAAGAAAGAUGUGAAGAUAAAGGAAGCAGAAUUUAUUCAAUGGUUUGUUUCUGAAAAUCCUAUCCUCCAGAAGUUUAACUCGUCGCUAUGUGACCAGGCAUUGUGUGAACACAAGUGUGACGAAAAUACAGGACAGUGUAUAUGUCGCCAUGGAUACACAAAAACAUCCAGAGGAAAUUGUAUAGACAUUAACGAGUGUCACACUGGCAUGAUGCAGUGCCCGAACCCCAAGUCAGGAUGCCUUAACUCGGAGGGUUCGUACGAGUGUUUGUGUUCGGAGAAGAGCAACCUGUAUCGCUACAGGGACCAGUGUCUCGACUGUUCUGACCCAUGUCCUCCUGGACGCUAUGAGAUUCAGCCGUGUAAACGAGAUCCUGGAUGGUUGCCAAAAAUUUGUAAAGAAUGCACAGAGUCAUGUGGUGUGAACUUCUACCAAGUUGCUCCCUGCACGGCGAGGCGGGACAUGCAGUGUAUCAAGUGUCAGGAUCCGUGUAACGGCACCACAGAGUUUGAGUUCCAGCAGUGUAGUCCUGACCAAAAUAGGCUGUGCAGAGAUAAGAAAUUCCUUCCAAAGCCUGGCAUGACGGGCAACGUCGUACUAGACGACCAUUUGAAUAUCUCCGGCCAGCAGGGCCAACUCAACACGAGAUUCUCAUACAGUCCCACCCCCGGGACACAGAGCUCCUUCCUGCUCAAGAAAGGAGUUGACGGUCUGGGCUCAGAGAUUUGGGUGGAUAUUGCGCUACGUAACACAGAACAUGUAAUGAUGUUUACGGCUGUGGACCACAGUGGUGAAUUCUCUGCCGAGGACUUUAGGGGCCAUGAAGAUAUUCUGGAAAAAUACUGCCCCUAUCCCAUACCAUACCAGUAUGAGCUGAAGUUCAUCAAACAUAAUAAUGUCUUCUACAAGGGAAACACGAGCAAGGGUCUGCUCACCCUGAAGCCUUGCGAGAGCCAACCAAGCAGUUUUCCCAACGUGACAGAGUCCAAGAGUAACUCAAUAUUCUGUUCCCAGCCGGGGAUUCUCAGCGAUGUGUUCCAUGGGAUAAACUCUGAAGACUACAAGACGACAAAUACGGUGUGGGAGGAGCAUGAUGAAAAUUGUAAAAGACAGCAUGAACUGUGUGAGACAUGUUCGAAGAACUGCUCCAAGAAUAUGCCAUUGGACACGAGAGCGGAAUGUCGCGUAUCGGUGAACGACGAUUCAGGGAUGUCUCCCCGCCUGGCAAGCUGUUACACAUGCUGUAUGAAGGACAGCUGUUCCAACUUUUGUAGCGACUACCAUGAUAUGCGCUGUCCUAUGGUCAAGUGUCAGGUUGGAAAUUUAGUCCAGUUUCAACUAGUUCCUUUCUAUCAAGAUUCGGACACAUUCUACUGCCAUGUCGAGCCAUCAAGGAACCGCAGGAUUCUUACUGUGGAAUACAGUGUAAUGACUGGAAGUGACAAACAUGAAUUCGCCAAACGGAAGUUUGACUUAGUAACUGAUGAGGAUUGGGUGAAAACUGGGAAAAUAAGAAAAGGAGAUGACAUCAUCUAUAUCGAGCUGGACUCCUUGUUACAAGACCAGCCAAACCUUGUCACAGUGCGUCGCCGUGGAAACGGGCAUACAGACAUUGAUGUUGGCCGGUACCAAGCUUUGGGACAACAGUUACACACCUCCCUCCUCUCUGAAAACACCGCCUUUAUACGGCCAAAUAAACCAUUUGGGAUCAGCAAAAAACUGUUUGUAAAAAAGAGCUGUGAGGAAACCAACCUUGAAGAUAUGGUUGUGGCAAAAGACCUUCGAAAUCCUAACGCCAUCAUAGGCAGCCUUGACACAGUUAAUAUGGGAAACGGAACAUUCCAAAUCUCACAUAAGAUCGGGAGUAACGGCGUUGUUGGAAUGAAGCAGAGGGCAUCGAUUUUGAAGGCGAUUUUUGAUGAGACGAAAGUUGAGGUGGAGGCUAGUAUGACGAACAACGGAACACACUGGAUGCUGUUUGUCACAGGUGUUGUGGAAAAAUGCCCAGGAGUAUUUAGCCUGAAUGUCUCCGAUCCCAGGUAUCUGCCUGCACCUAUGUACAUAUUUGACGUAGCGGUGCAAUGCCCGAGACGCUUUGGGCUCAAUUUCACCAUACCAACAGGCGACGGGCGAACAUUGUCACAUGAUAUGCAGCUGCAGGUUCGAGACAAGCAGGGAACCAAUAUAAUUGUGGUCCAUUCCGUGGGCCUACAGGAUGACUAUGGCGAUUUGACAUCACAUAUUGAGGUAACCACCAAGCCUCCAGACAACACUGAGGAUCAUGUGACCACUGAAAAGAGCCAAUCAGACCAGAAGGAGCCCCGACACUUCUCUGUGCUAUUUAUAGCCAUUGUGUCAGGGGUGAUAAUCCUAUUACUACUGCUGCUCUGUUUUGGUGUGGCUUGGAAACAAGGUAUACCAGAGGGAGACAUAAUGCGUUUCCAUGUGCGUCACCUCGUCCUACUUGUCGUCUACAUCACCUUCCAGUGUGUCUACUCCUUCCUCGUCUCCAUGACCGUCUUUGUCAUGAUAGUCAGGGCCGUCAAUGUAGACACGACCUCAUUUUUACGCCAGUACAACCAACAGCGGUCAGUUACGAGCGCACUCAGCCAACUUGAACUUGAUGGGAUGGAGGCUCACUUGAUGGUUGAGUUGAAACGGCAGGACGGUCUAGCAGUGGAGAGGAAACAGAACUGUUAUGGUGUGAUACGCAACGUCAUUGAAGAUGUAGAAAAGCUGCGCCAGUCCCUGGAGACACGGUCAAUCAACACGUUACAGCGACAGAAUCUGAAGAAGCUUAUUACAGACCACUCAAAGGUCACCCGUGACACGUUCUCACAGGACCUUCUGGAACUCAGGCGGAAGUACAGCAAAUAUGAGGCGUACAUUCUGCACAAACUGAAGACAGAGAUGAACAGCACCUACCACAGUAUCUCCAACUCAAAAUGGCUCCAGGGAGCCCAGUUCCUGUACAGGUAUGUUGAGAUCAAUAAAGACUUGAUGGGAGAGAAGGACCUUGUACCCUGGAUGACCUGGGUCGACAUGCAGACUGAUAUGCUCUCUCUCGCUGAAGGUCUGACUCUGCCCCUACCAGACCUACCGGUGGUACCAGACCUUGCAUCCAGUCAGUCGACAGUCGUCACUCCACAGUCACUGGGCCAGAAGUCAUCUCCAUUGGCCACUCAGGUCAUGAACAAGUGGUUUAUGCAGCCCGACCUCACAUGGACCAGAAGUAACCGUACAAAAUACUCAUCUGAUGGCAAUACCAAGAAAGUUACAACAUUUGACAUGAGCAGUUACUCUGUGUUCUUGGUGGGCAUGGUGAUAAUUGACCUUCUUUGGCUCACACAUCGAAUGGUGAAGGCAUGUGGCAUCGGUAAACUCAUUCUGUAUGGAUACCCGGUGUAUGUGGACGCCAGGGACAAGAAAGAUGAGAAGAAGAUCAAUAGCAAAUCUUUGAUGAAGAUAAUUAGAGGCAUGAUGAGGAAGAUGGUGAACACCAUGUUUAUUCCAAAGCUGAUCGGAGCGCUGUUUGUGAUACUGAUGGUGUACUUUGUGUCGCUGUGUGCGUACAAGUUUGUCAACAGAAAGACAUUCGGAAUGCUGGGAUACCAUAAUGAUAUGGAGAAUAUCAUGAAGAUAAACCAGGCUGUCAUAAAUUCUCGUAUAAACUCACACGCUGAGCGAAUCAACAACCUGGAAUUCAAAAUGUACGAAGAAGUAAUGAACGUCAACAUCCAAAACCACCAAUAUGUCCUUAACCUCAUUGAAACCCAGUGGAGUGGCAUAGAAAGAGCGCAUACGAAGAUGUACUGUGAUUACCUGAGGAGGAUAGACGUAACAGCCAGUUGCCAUGGUGAUUCAGGGGAGGCAACUCUCACAGAAGUGAGGCCUGACAGGUGCUCCUUUGCCCCUGUGCUGCCCAAUCUGUAUAAAAGAAAUGCUACGGAAGCUGUAAAGGUUGCCGGUGCUCAGCUAGAUGGUUUCCUGUUCAACAUUCGGAAACUGGUAUCUGACACGUGCUACGUGAUCAUCAUCUAUCUGUCAGCAGUUGUUAUUAAGGAGCUGCUCAGCACAGUACUGUGGAUAUAUGUGAAAAGGUCAGGGUUCAUGAGCCUGCGGAUCAUCUACGAGACUGACGAAGCCCCUGGAUCAGCCGACAGUUCUACGACUUACCAUGACAACACCAGACACGGGGUUAUAACAAGGCUGACGUAGGAGCUUGGUUCCCCCAGAUCAGCUGACAGUUCUACAGCAAAAUAUGACAACAGCGGACACAGGGCAAUUACAAGGCUUACAUUUGACCUUGGUUGAAUCAUACGAGACUAUGUUGGUGUUAUUUCAAGAUUUAAAUCAGUGCUUGAUUGUUUAGUAGGGAGAAUCACUAGAUGUGUUGUGAUUAGAGCUCUUAAAGAAUCAAAUGAAAUAUGUUGUUGCUGUAGUUAAAUACCAGUAGGGAAUGGAAACAGUCAUGUUUAGUGUUCUACAGCUUUUUGUUGACAAUACCAAUUGCAGUGUUGUUACGAUAGGUACAUGAAAUGUUGUGUUCACUUUAAUGACAUGCAAAAAAACAUUCAACCAGCAGCUGUAGAUUUACAGAUAUGCAGCUAAUACUUCAGUAAGCAUGUAAAACUGGACAAUAUAUUGCUUAUUAGUCUGCAUCUCUGAAGUGGUGGAGGGAAAUUGAAAAGAACAAUCUUUGCUAUAAAGGAUCCAGUGGAAUUAGUCUCAUAGUAAAAGGAUACUUGAAAUAGUUAUGAGGAUAAGAAUUAUUGUGAUGAUGCCGUCACUGCGUUGGAAAGAUGUGUUAAAGUGUGUAAAAAAACAUAAGUGAAUUGCAUUUUAAGUGUGCUUAAUAUUUUUAAUUGAGAUUUUAAGCUGAAAAUCAGACAGUGUCUGUACCAUUUUCCUGAAUGUGUGCAAUACUGAUGCUGAAUUUUUUUGACACUGUAGAUUGUACAUUGAUUUAAAAUGCAUUCAUGUACAACUACAAAUACUGAUAUGAUGUGUUAAAGAUGAACUUUUUUGAUGAAAGUUUGUGUUGAUGUUAUCUAUGAAAUAUGUUUUUUUUUAUUCUGUUUUUACUUUGAUUUUAUAUCACUAAAGUUUUUUUUGUUUAACAGCACCUUUGUAAAGUCUGAUCUCAUUGCUGUUUUGUUUAUACUUAUGUUUCAUUUCAAUGAACAAAAUUUCUGGGGCCGAUUUCUUUAAACUAUUACAGUCUGUUAUAGCAGGAUUAAGCUGAGCUCAUUAUUUUUCUUCUCCUAAAACUUGUGUAAUAUUUACUUCUUUAAAAGAUUUUAGAAAUUUUAUAGAAGUUAUUCGUCUGAUGAUCUGGAUACAAUCAUUUUUAUUUAAUAAUAACAAGUUUAGAUAAGAAAUUAUGCUUAUCAAAAUAAGCUAUCUAAACCUCUUGAACUUAAUAAAAAGUGGGGGUGGGGGGGGGCGUGUAUCAAUCAACGAGCAUACCAAAUUGCCCAAGAUCAAGAAUUUCAGUUAAAUCUUGUAAUUUCAAAUUAACUAAGUUUUAACUGAUAGGAGUAACUAUUUUUUUGGAUACACAGAAAUAUUAAUUCGAAAAAACGAUCAUACUAUACCAUUAAUAAGAUGGCCACAUACUCAUAGUGAACUACUUGGCUAUCUUGAAACAACAAAACACUCGUUAGAAGUUGACUGACCCAGCAAUAAUAAUUUAAUGCUGAAUUUUUUACAUAACAGCUUUUUGUAAAUACGUUCAUAGCUUUAUAUUUUGUUUGGUGCAUCAAUAUUUUCAUUUCACUAUCUUGUAAAUAAUGUCCCUGUUUUGUUGUAAUGUUAUUGUAUAGUUUAUAUAACACAAGUAGAUGUUUUGCUAUAUGUAAAGUCUGUUUAUUGAAAUAUAUUAUAAAUCAUAUUUGAAUAUGUUAACAAAUUUGAUUGUUUAUACAUGUAUUGUGCAAACACAUCUUUAAAAUGAAAGUUAGUUAUCCACAAUUUGAUAAUAACUGUUUUCAAUAAAAUUAAUUUAACACACUUAAAUGAAUUUUGAAUGAAUAAAGAGUUGAAAACUAAA